CUUCCCAAACUACCAUGCCUCCCACCACCAAGUUCCUCCUCCUCCUCCUCCUCCCCGUGGCAACAGCCGCCGCAACCUUUGCUCUCGGCCAUGGCACCGGCACCGGCACAGCUGUCUGCGUGCCGCGGGAGCGUGAUGCCCUGCUGGCGUUCAAACGCGGUGUCACACAUGACCCCUCGGGCCGCCUUGCCUCGUGGCGGCGAGGCAGCGACUGCUGCCGGUGGAGGGGCGUAAGGUGCAGCAACCGGACUGGCCACGUCCUCCAGCUUCGACUUGGAAAUAGCUACUCGUACUUUGAUCAGGAAUUUUAUACUGGUCGGAUAACAUCUUUGGAUGGCCAGAUAAGUCCAUCUCUAUUUUCUUUGGAGCAUUUGGAGCACCUUGAUCUCGCCUGCAAUUUUCCGUAUAUAUGUAGCAAUUGCGGUCAUGUUCCAAAACUAUGGGGCUCUCUAAAAAACUUGAGAUACCUGAACCUCCAUGUACAAGUCGAUGACAACACGUUGCUUCGUCAGCUUGGUAACCUCUCUAAGCUGCAGUAUCUUGACCUUUCCUACACCACCUACACCAUACGCGUGCAACCAACAGAUUUUUUAAGCUUAACAAAUCUACCUUUGCUACACCAUCUUGACCUUGGUGGGUUCAAUCUCACCAUGGUACAUGAUUGGCCUCGUAUCGUGAAUAUGAUUCCGUCUUUGCAAGUUCUCUAUCUUUCUGGUUGCUCGUUUCAUAAAGCCAACCAACAGCUCCCACGCUUGAACCUCACAAAACUUGAGAGGCUUGAUCUCAGCUACAACCAUUUUGAUCACCCCUCCGAGUCCUGUUGGUUUUGGAAUUUGACAAGUCUCAAGUACCUCAACCUUGGAGAAACCUUUUUGUAUGGUCAUUUUCCCAAGACACUAGGACAAAUGACAUCCCUUCAAGUCUUUGACUUUUCAUACAACAAGUAUCUCGACGGCGGCCCCGGCGGCAUCAUAGCGCCAGGGUUGAUGAGAAACCUAUGCAAUUUGGAAGUGCUAAACCUUGAAAAAGGCCUCUCGUAUGGGAACAUGACAGAGUUGUAUGAGAGCUUGCCACAUUGCUCGUCCAGCCCACUAAGAGAACUGUAUUUGGAUGGAAACAAUAUCACUGGGACCCUGCCAGCUGGGAUUGCCAAAUUUACCAGUUUGGCCAGUCUCGUCCUCUCUGAUAACCGUAUGACUGGACAUGUGCCCACUGAGAUUGGUAGGCUCAACGGUUUGAUUUCCCUAGACCUAAGAAACAACAAUUUGACAGGUGUCAUCACCGAAGAACAUUUCUAUGGUUUCACGAGCUUACAGUAUAUAGAUUUAUCUAAUAAUCCUUUGAAGAUUAUACUAGAUCCUGGUCUGCUACCCCCCCUGAAACUAGAGCAAGCAUCUUUUGCAUCUUGCCAAAUAGGUCCUAAUUUUCCUUCUUGGCUUCGGUUGUUGCCUAGAGCUGAUUACAUUGAUAUGUCAAACACAGGUAUAACCGGUCAGCUCCCAUACUGGUUCUCAACAACACUUUCACAGGCUAUAUUUUUGAACUUCUCCCACAACCAGAUUAGUGGAAGCCUACCAAAAAAUAUGGAAUCCAUGUCAGUGAACUAUCUCUAUCUAGAUAGAAACCAAAUAACCGGUGAAAUACCUCCAUUGCCAGAAAAUCUCAAUUGUUUCUCCAUAUCUAACAAUUCUCUAUCAGGUCAUAUUACAAGAUCUAUCUGCAAAACCCAAAAGUUGGAGUGCUUGGAUUUAAGCAUCAACCAGUUGGAGGGAGAAUUUCCUCAAUGUAUCAAGAUGGAAAACAUACGGAGUCUUAUAUUGAGUAACAAUAUGUUCUCAGGAAAGUUCCCAUCUUUUCUGCAAAGCACAAAUAUAAAGUUUCUAGAUCUAUCAAGAAAUAAGUUUUCUGGAAGAUUGCCUGAAUGGAUCGGAGACUUGGUGGCACUAGAGUAUAUAGGAUUAAGCUAUAAUAUGUUCUCUGGGAGUAUUCCAUCCAGCAUCAUCAAUCUUGGAGGAAUGUACAAUUUUGAUGUAGCAGGCAACAGAUUGUCAGGUGUUAUACCUCGCAAUCUUUCAAAUUUGACGGGUAUGGCAGGUCAGGUGCGAUACUGGAACGUAGACUCGAACUGGAUGCAACCUCAAUUUAUUUUGCCCGUGUUCACAAAGCGACAAGAGCUUCAUUAUAAACAAACAUUUGCUAACUUCUCAAGCAUUGACUUAUCCUUGAAUUACUUAACUGGAGUAAUUCCGGAAGAAAUUACUUCGGUGAAUGGAUUGGUGAAUCUGAAUAUUUCUUGGAACUACUUGACUGGAGAAAUUCCACGCAGUAUUGGGUCCAUGAAAUCACUUGAAUCACUGGACCUAUCAAGGAACAAACUUUGUGGGGAAAUUCCACCGAGCCUAUCAAAUCUGACCUAUUUGGAAUAUUUGGAUUUGUCUUACAACAAUCUGUCCGGAAGAAUACCACCAGGAUCGCAACUUGACACUCUCUACGACUACUACCCAUAUAUGUACAGCGGCAACGUUGGUCUCUGCGGGCGUCCUCUCCAACGGAAUUGUCCAGGAAGUAAUAAUAAUGCAACAAAGCUAGUUGAUGGUGAUACCAAGAGAAGUGCGCAUGUGUCUGAUUCAAUGCUCUUUUACCUCGGGCUUGGGUCAGGGUUUCUCGCUGGCCUCUGGGUGGUGUUCUGUACCAUGCUAUUCAAGAAAACAUGGAGGAUUGCGUAUUUCCAGCUCUUCGACAAGGUAUAUGACAAGCUAUAUGUAUUUGUUGUUGUUACUUGGGCAAGAUUGGCACAGAAGGCAUUGAAUCUAACUGGGAAGCUUGGCUAGAAUUGCAAAUGGAGUUGCACAAGAGAGUGAGUUUUCCUCUGGUUAGAAAUAUUGCUAUGCUUUGACAACAUAAGUUUAAAUAAAAAAAAUGUUCCAAUCAAGUAAUACACUUACUAUCUGUGUAUACUAGCCAUGCGGUUAUCAGUGUAGCUUAGUAAAAUGUAUUGUGUGUGCAUCAUUGGUUAGAACUAGCUUUUGUUAGAAGUUGCACAUGUACAGGUAUACGGUAUUGUAUAAAUCGUAUACCUUCUAGAAAGGGUUCGGGAGUGCAUGUAGAAUUGGGCUGUUUGGAGUUAGUUGUAAUCUGGGAUUCAGUUGUUAAUGGUGGAACUUAUCCGGGGUAUAGCUUAGUGCGGAUCAAGUCAUCAACAACCCAAUCCUACCUGUACUCUUGCCUUAUAUAUAUAAACAUGCACACGUCCCUGCAACGAGUGCAUACGCUUUUGUUU